ACUUACCUACACUUAUUUCAGUUUUAUACAUUGUGGAGUUUUUUUUUCAGACAAAUAACAUUAAGGAGGUUGAGCCACCCAUGUCAGAUGGUUGUGGCAAUACUGACGUAUUCCACCCAGCCCCUAUACCAUUGCCACAAGAGUAUAUGGAUUUGAAUAUGAAAUACAAAGAUUGUGAUCCCAUUAAAAUUGAAUUGCAUACACGAGAACAAAGUGAUUCAGCACAAUGGUACAAUGAAAGAAAGAAUCGUUUGACUGCAUCUAAUUUUGGAAAAAUUUUGCAAAGAAAGUCACCCCCAAUGAAAAGUUUCUGGGAAGAAUAUGACAAUUGCGAGAAUGUGAGAGAUUUCUUUUUGUGUAAAAACAAUGAAAUCACAUUGAAAAAAAAUCAUGCACAUUAUGCACAAAUUCAGGGCGAACUCAUGAUCACAGGUUGUGCAUUUUGUAACUUUGUGGAGAGAAUACAGCCCGACCUUCCGUUUAUGACAACUAUGCUGGAAAAAUUCGACUAUCUCUGA